UCACAUUCAUUUGGCUUCUCUCGUUCUAUCAACUGGUUACGAAAACUUUUAGGAAAAAAAUUGAAAAAUUUCCAUGCUGAAAGUAGUUGAAAAGGGCAUCAAAAAGACAGAGGUAAGACCGAUUCGCGAUGCAGGCCCACCAUGCGAUGCCCGACUUCCGGUGCCGGAACAACUGUCAACACAAGGAGUGCCAGAGACACGCCCCCUUGGGGAUAAUCGAUCAGCACACGCAGUGCAAGUGCUUGGGUGAGGUGAAUGCAUCCUCGAUAUUCCUGGAAAAUGUUCUGGACUUGGCCAACACCCUGUCCCAGGUGAUGAUCAUCUGCGGGCUGCACGAGUGCAAGGCCAAGUCAACGGUGGACAUUAUCACCUAUGCCUUUCUGCACUACGAUCAGGUGUGCUAUUGCAUAGACACCACUCCGAAAAAGCGAUUGAGAAAGGAGGAUUUGUUCCACGAACUGGGUAAGAAGUCGCUGAUGAACAAAGUGGAGGCCCAUUUGGCCUACUCCAUUAUCAAGCGGGGUUUCAAGGCCUUCUACUACGAACCCAAAAUGGACUUGACCUACGAUGACCAGGGCAGACCCUCCUACAACGAUGAGUGUGUUUGGGUUCAUGCUGCCCGGAAAUCGGCCGAAUCCUAUGCCAGAUUCGAUGGCCUCUCCUGCAGCGAACAGUUGGCCUACGAGGCCAAAAUAAAGAUAGCCUUCAAGAAGUUCUACGAUCGGAUGCAGACGCGGAAGAGGCAACCUGAGGGCGACGAUUGCAAUUGCUGUUUCUGCGCCAAGAAGCGGGGUCAUCUGGUCUAUGCCAAGGAACCGGCACCCUGCCCUUCCUCCUCGAAAAAGAAGCCCAAGCAUGUGUGCCCCUAUUGCUGCAAGAAAAAGCAGAAACAGCAGUACACACAUCCUGCCCGCCAACCGGCCAAGUGUCCCAAGUGCCACAAAUCAAGGAAAUUCUGCUGCUGCACCAAAAUGGACUUCAAUCUGCAGUGGGUCAAGAGCAUUUGGGAGCGACCGGACUUCAAUCAGUACUACAAGAACGAGAUCGCCGAGAUCGAGGACCGCCUGGUCAAGGGAACCUGCUGGCUGCCCCCGGAGCCUGAGGAGAAACUGGUGGAGGAGCACGAGGGCGAGGAGGAGGAGGAUGUGGGGGCAGAGUUGCCGCCGGAGGCUCUUCUGGCCCUCGGAGGGAAAACGGUGCCCACUAACCAGGAUGAGGCUGCUGCUGGAUCGCCACCCAAGCAGGGUUCGAUCACCGAGGUCGAGGGCGAAGCUUAGACAUCAGGGAUCCUGCGAAUCGGUCCUUACUGCAUUCUAAAUUUCAGUCUACCGGCAAGGCGUUACCAAAAUUUUCAGUGCCAGCAGAUAAAGCUUUUGUUAAUAAAUCAUUACGAUAGCAAGUAAUUGUACUUUUCUGUAAAUCGA